ACCGGCUUUCGUGAUACCGCUACCGCGCGACGGCCGAUGAGAAAUUGAGAAACCUCGACUGCUUAAGUUUCAAGUAUCGCUUAAGCUUUUACUGGUUUUAGGUUUUCAGUUUUUGAGCCGUAACAAACUAAUAACAACAUUAUUCUUGUUUUUCGAAUGUUGUCGAUGGCUCACUUAUAAUGACAAUAUUUUAAUAGCUAGAAAAUUAACUUUAAUCGCAGAUUAUAGUUUUGGAUACACCGUUCGAUUAGUCCACUGACUGUGUUGUUAUUAUACGCUUCGAUCCGUAAAAAUCAUAAUAUAUUCGUUAGUAAAUUAUUUGCAUAUAACUUGAAAUGUAUGUGCAAGUAUCAGCAAGUGAAAACAGUGAUCCCAUUGACAUGCCUACGGAAGACGACAAUAGUCUUCUAUUAUCUACAUUAGAAGCACAGUAUCCUGGAGUAAUUGGUUUGAAGUAUCGUGUUAACAAUAGGUUGCGUAUAGUACGUCUCAAUGAAGGCAAAUUGUACCCACCCGAAGAUGGCUGGUUAGAUCGUAUGUAUAUGUGUAAUUUUAGAAAUACACCUGCAGAAAAACGUAAGCACAGUGAAAUUGAUGAUUGUAAUAAGGCAGAAGAUGAUAAUAGUGUUUCUGAUAUGGAUUUGGUUGUACUGGGUUUACCGUGGAAGGUAACUGAAGAGGAUUUGAAAAAAUAUUUCACCAAAUUUGGUCAAGUAGAAUAUACUCAAAUUAAAACUGAUCUUAAUGGUAAGUCAAAGGGGUAUGGAUUUGUCAGGUUUAAGCAUAAGAAAUCUCAAGUCCGUGUUAUGUUAGAACGACACAACAUUGAAGGUCGAUGGUGUGAUGUACGUAUACCUAAUAGUAAAGACAAACAUGUAAAUAAAGUUCCGCGUAAAGUAUUUAUAGGUCAAGUGUCUGAAGACGUAGAUGAAGAUGCAUUAAAAAAUUAUUUUAUCAAAUUUGGAGAAAUAUCAGAUUUAUUUUUACCCAGACCACAUAGAGGUUUUGCAUUUGUGACAUUCACUGAUCCUUUAUCUGCUCAAAAAGUUAUUGGCAAAGAUCAUAAAGUUGGUGAUUGUAGUGUGAUAUGUACAGAAGCUAUACCUAAGAAAGAAAUGGCUCCCAAAUGGAAUGAUUAUGAUAAUAGAGAUAGAGUUAAGGAUAKGAGAAGAGAUCGAUCGCCCAAUCAGCCUCAAGCUUGGUCCCAAGAUAGCAUUUGGGACUAUGAUCAGGAAUAUUAUGACCGGCUGUACAGUCGAGGAAGUGGGCAUCAAUCAGUCAAUAAUAGUUAUACAAAUGAUAAGAAUAUUAAUUCAGACAUGGUAGCAGCUGCAGUAAACAAAGCAGUCAUGGGAGUGAUUGGAAAUUUAAAAGGACAGGGUAAUCAAGGUGAUAAAUUGCCAGGAACAGAUGAUUGGUGGAUGAGGAGAUGAAUAAGUUAUUGAGAUCACAUAUUAUCUUUGAUAUAAUGUCUAUAAAUAAAUAUUCAUCAAACUAGUAUUGAUGUUUAGAACUGAUUUUGACUACCCAAAAUUCAAUGGGGAAAAAAUUGAUAAAUACAACUAUUCAAUUAUUAAUAAAUUAAAAGUUAAUACACCAGUCAUUGACUAUCAUUUGCAAGUUCCUCAAUAAUAUUCUUACUACUGAUUCAAAACAAAUUGUAUCCAAAUUAAUUUUUUUAAUAUGUUUUAUAGAUAAUUUGUGCAUCCAUUUAAUUUGUUGACAGUUCUACAUCUGUAUUAUCACAUUAUAUAUAUAUAUAUAUAUAUAUCAAAAAUGUUAAUGUAAACAUUACAUCACAUAAUGUUACUCUUAUUUAAUUUAGUAAGGAAAAAGAAAGACAAAAAAUAAUUGUUAU